AUGUUGCUUUCUACCUUUUUUCUCGUUGCUAGCAGUAUCGGAGCCACGGUAGCCACUCCUAAGCCUCCUACUCUCGCAUACCUCUUCCGGAUGAACCUUACCCUCAGUUCAACCAUCAACACUGGGGCAGGUCCGGCAGGAACUCGAGUCGCCAUCCCCAUCACUGGUGGGACGUUGUCAGGCCCCAAGGGCAAUGGCACUGUUCUUCCUGUGGGAGCCGACUUUGGUGCGUUUGAUGCCUUGGGAAAUUUCAAUGUGGACUCCCACUCCGUGGUAAAGAUGGAUGACGGAUCGUACAUCUACACUCACUCGACUGGGCCACUGAUCUCUGGCCCUACUGCUCUGGACAGAGUCAAGUUUGAGACGGGAAGCAGCAAGUACUCUUGGCUCAAUGAGAUCCUCGCGGUAGCCGUCACCGAUUUCCCGGGUCCUUGGGUUACCCUUGACGUCUGGCAGCCGCCUCUUUUGCGGGGAAUUAAUUUCUCGUACCAGAUCGGACUGAUCGCGGCCCGCCGGUAUUAUCUUCAAGACCGGUCGGACCGACCACGGCCUAAAGGGGUUACGGUCAAGACCGAACUUACCAGUCCCUAUCCCCCGAUUACGCCCCGUGCUAUGGCGUCCGACUGUCGAAGCUCCACGCCUCCCUUGUCGUUUGUCCCCGGGGACAGUUCUACCAACGAUCAAAAUCGGGAUCCUCGCCCUUCAUCCGAAACCGUCAUGGCCGACGACCCGGAUCAAGAAAUUAUGAUGGGACACGAUACGAACCGCAAAAUAGUCGGUUGGGACGGCCCAGAUGACCCAGAAAACCCCAUGAAUUGGCCAAACCGGAAGAAGUGGAUGGUUACAGUCUCCUUGGGCAUGUUAACAUGGGUUGUCACGUUCGCGAGCAGCAUUUUCAGCACAGCGACACUGCCCGCUGCCAAGGAGUUCGGCGUGUCGACAGAGGUCAUGACUCUAGGCACAAGCUUAUUUGUCCUGGGCUUCGCUUUCGGUCCUCUUAUAUUCGGCCCCAUGUCCGAGGUAUAUGGCCGCAAAUAUCCUCUCUUCCUUGGAUACUUUGUCUUUGCACUCUUCCAGAUCCCUGUGGCCACGGCCGAAAAUGUUCAAACCGUCCUCGUCUGCCGAUUUCUGAGCGGGUUGUUUGGUUCGUCUCCCCUUAGCGUUGUUGGCGGCGCACUGGUUGACUUUUGGCCCCCCGUCGAACGCGGCAUUGCCAUGAGCAUUUUUGCUGGUGCGAAUUUCGUUGGUCCUGUUGCUGGUCCCAUCAUGGGUGCCUUUAUAACCCAAAGUUCACUGGGCUGGCGGUGGACAGCGUACAUCACAGCCAUCAUGGCAGCUUUGUUCGGUCCAAUUGCAUUCAUUACGGUUCCUGAGACGCUAGAAUCUUGCCUGCUGACUAGGAAAGCUCGUUCAGUCCGUCUCUCGACCCAGGACUGGGCAAUGCAUGCUGUUGCAGAAGAAACACCUGUCGAUCUCGGUGAGAUGGCCCACAGAAUUCUGGUCCGGCCACUUGCAAUGCUAGUGCUCGAGCCAAUUAUCAUUUUCGUGACCCUUUACAUGUCAUUUGUAUACGGUCUCAUCUACCUUUUCUUUGAAGCAUAUCCCGUAUCCUUUCAUGAGGAUCGCGGGUGGAAGAGCGGUGUUAGUGCUCUUCCAUUCUUGGCCAUCAUAGUUGGCGUCAUACUCGGGGCCGUCAUCAUUGUCAUCUUCUCCAAGACGCGCUUUACACGGAUUAUCAACGAGAAGGGCCGCUUGCCACCUGAGCAGCGGCUACUCCCCAUGAUGAUUGGCGGAGCAUGUUUUCCGGUUGGGCUUCUCUGGUUCGCCUGGACGUCGAACCCUCGCAUUUCAUGGGUGCCACAAGCACUGGCCGGGGUUCCGCUAGGAAUGGGUGUUAUGCUCGCCCUCGCUGCCAACGCCGUAGUGCGGGCACUGUUCGGUGCAGGAUUCCCCAUGUUCGCGGCAGCCAUGUACAAAAGGCUGGGGGUUGAUUGGGCAACUAGUGUUCUUGGUUUUAUCGCUAUAGGGCUUUUCCCAGUUCCCAUUCUUCUCUAUAUAUUUGGAGAGAGAAUCAGGAAACUUAGUCGAUAUGCUCCUAAUGGCGGCCCUCCAAAAUAA